AGAUGACCGAUACAUCGUUUGAAGUGAUAGAAUUAGGGUCACCAAAUAGACCAUAUGUUGUAUUUCGAUCCAAUAAAAAGUUGGACGACGACGACCUGUAUCUGAGCAGUGAUGCAGCUGGAAACAUGCAACUGAAAGUCUGGAAUAAACCAGUCCCAGAUCCUCCUAAUACAACCGCAGAAGUCGAUCCUGCUUUGCUUUUUCGACUCGUCAGACCGUUCGGACAGGAGUAAAUUGAAGCUUAGAAAAAUAUUUUUGUUAUCAAUUUUUCAUUUCAACUUGAAUUUUUUAUAAUUAUGGGCAGCUUUGAUCAUACCACAGUCAAAUGCACACAGACGCAAAUGAAUUUCAAUAAAAUUCGACAUUAUUGAACCCCAUCAUUCUCUUAAAGACUCGUGAGAUUGGUAGAUUGGUAUAAUUAAACGUUGAUACAAAUAACUGAAUUAACUUGUUUUAAUAAAAAAAC